AGAUGUGACCUUUGCCCCUCUCUCUCUCUCUCUCCUGCAGGGCUCAUUGUGUGGAGCGGCUCGCAUGUCGGGGGCGGGGCUGAGGCUCAGCAGAGGGUUAUGUCGCUUAGGUAAUCUGCGGGGACACCUGAUCAUGUCUGCCGCUAAGAGCGUGUGCGGAGCGCCGGCCCCGGGGCCACAGGGGCCCUCAGAGGACGGAGCCGUCACAGCCGGGAUCAUCAUCAUCGGAGACGAGAUACUGAAGGGCCACACUCAGGACACCAACUCCUUCUUCAUGUGUAAGAAGCUCCGCUCCAUCGGGGUGAAAGUCAGCCGGAUCUCGGUCAUCCCAGACGACGUGGCGGCCAUCGCGGGGGAGAUCGCCGCCUUCUCCUCCCGCUACACCUACGUCCUGACCUCCGGGGGGAUAGGCCCCACCCACGACGACGUGACCUUCGAGGCGGUGGCCCAGGCCUUCGGCGAGGACGUCUUCCCGCACCCGGAGCUGGUGACCCUGGUCCAGAAGUUCUUCGGGAAGUCGGACGCCCAAUGCCCGGAGAUGAAGCUGGCGCGGAUCCCCGCCUCCUCCAAGCUGAACUACGGCGCGGACAAACGCACCGGCGACUGCUUCAAGUACCCGCUGAUCAGCGUGCGCAACGUCUACGUCUUCCCCGGCAUCCCGUCGCUGAUGGAGAGGGCGCUGGAGGGGCUGGACCACCUCUUCCGCAACGAGAAGACGCGCUUCUACUGCCGCCAGAUCUACGUCAACUCCGACGAGCUGUCCAUCGCCGCCGUGCUGGAGGAAGCCAACACGUGUUACCGCCGCUACGUCAGCCUGGGCUCCUACCCGGACUGGGCCAACAACUACUACCGCGUGCAGCUGACGCUGGACUCCGACUCCGAGUCCAGGCUGGAGGAGGCCUGCGCCUUCCUGACCCAACGCCUUCCUCCGGGGGUCGUGGUGCCCUUCGUGAAGAACAACGUGUCGCAGGCCGCCGCCGAGGUCUACCAACUGGCGCAGUCAGGGUCCCCUCUGGGGUUGAAGGUCGCCUCGGCGUUGCAGACGGUGGAGGAGGCUCUGGAUCAGUACAGUCUGGAGAAGAUCUCUGUGGCAUUCAAUGGCGGUAAAGACUGCACUGCACUCCUGCACUUGUAUCACGCCGCCGUACAGAGGCGAUACCCGGAGAAGAAGGAGAAGCUGCAGGCUCUGUACAUCCGCAUCGUCUCCCCCUUCCUAGAGAUGGAGCAGUUCAUGCAGGACACCACCAAACGGUACACUCUUCAGAUCUACACCAUCCAGGGGGACAUCAAACAAGCUCUGAUGGACCUGAAGGCGGAGCAGCCUCAGUUGGAGGCCAUCCUGAUGGGGACCCGCAGGACAGACCCGUACUCCCGCACCCUGACCCCCAUGUGCCUGACCGAUCCCGGCUGGCCCAAAUACAUGAGAGUUAACCCCCUGCUGUUACACGUCUCUCGGGAGCACGGAGAACACCAUCAAGAACCCGACGCUGCGAUACACGACGCCGGCGGGGGUGGAGAGUUACCACCCGGCGUACAUGUUGGAGAACGAAGAGGAGGAGCGCACGUCCAGGAAGUAAAGUAUCCCGUCUGUGUGUCCCCGCCCUCCCGUGUGCUCGCUCCUCCCCCUCCGGUGCCGUCCAUUUACUCUGCGGAAGUCCUAAAACCAUGGGGGGGGUGAGUGUGACAAUGGGGGUCAUUCGCUGGGACGCAGCGCUCGCACAGACUGCGCCGUGACGUCACUUGUAUCUGUUCUUCACACGUGGCGUCCGUCCCACCCCGCAGGACUACUGACAUCUGGGUGAAAGAACUGUGAAUCAUGGUGGCGGGAUGACUGUGAUGCGGGAUCGAGUAGGAAGGAAGAAGGCGGAGCCAGCAGAGAGAUCAGAGGCAGCGGAUACUGCCCCCCCCCCCCGAUCGUAGCCGGGGAGACCUGUCAGGUACGGCCGUCACCCCCCGCGUCAUAGUCAUUAGAUGGCUCCGCCCACCGCAAGGUACAUCUGUGGUUUCCAUCGCUAGGGACGCGUUUUAGAGACAUUCUGCCACCGUGCCGGGUCCCCGAAACGCAUCCCUAGGGCCGCAAACCACCGAUGUGCGCUGUGGUGGGUGGAGCCAGCCGUGUAUAUACAUUGUUUGGGUUGUAUAAUCGCUUGUUUCCCGGAAAUGUUGGUGACGACUUGAUGUUGCAAUAAAAGGUUCAUCCCUUUGUUAUUA